AUGGCUACUAUCAAAGCCAUCGACAAAUCUCUUCAAAAUUGUUCCUUAAACCACCAGCAAAUCAGCAGCAGUAGAAGCAAAAACAGCAGCAACGGCGUUUCCAUAGGAGGAGGUGGUGGCAUUGAGUCGGGUCACCGUGGCUCAGCCACUUCAGAUUCACCAGAUAAUCAUCAUUUCUCCAACCCAGUGGGCUCCAAGACCGUAAUAUUCAAUACGGAGAUCCCGCUCCCUGAAUACUGGGAACAAUUCUUUGAUUUAAAGACCGGUGAAUUCUAUUACAAAAAUUGGAAGACUGGGAAAAAAGUGACGGAGGAUCCGAGGACCUCCGCAACAUUCAGUGGAGAUUUUUACCCUGAAGACGAUGGCAGGUCAUAUGACAGGGAAGGGUCAUCAGAUUCAUCAGAAUCUUCUCCUCAAUCUUCAACUGAGCAAUGGAGCCAUAAUGGAGAUCGUUUAAUGGAUGAAUUCAACGGACUUGUGGCUGUAGGAUGCAAAGGCUGUUUAAUGUACUACAUGGUGCCCAAGCUGACUGAGGAUUGCCCCAAAUGUCAUGGUCCACUUAUUCGUUUCUGA